AUCAUGAUACGAGCGGCGAACGUACCGCGCAGUGGCUGCGUGCAAUAAAUUGAAUAAACAAAUAUACUGAAAUUAAAUUGGUUAUAAAACGAUCUAUUGAUUACGUUUGACAGUUAAUCCGUGAAAUUAAUGAAGACUUGUGAGUUGUGACAAGCCAAGAAAAUUAAAUAGGCGUUAUGUUACCACGUAAAAUAUCAGAUUUGCUGGGUGUAGAAUGGGCGCCGCUCGACAUCCCGAUGUCGCGGCGUCUGCAGACCCUGGGCGCCACCGCCUGGAUAUGCUUGGCGCUGUUCGGAGAAGCUCUCGCUAUUUACUUGUUCAUUAAGCUGGUGUAUUCGGAUUACUGGUGGCUAGCUAUCUUAUACGGCUAUUGGAUGCUAAACGACAUCGAGAUUUGCAACAAAGGAGGCAGAACAUUUGAAUUUGCCCGCAACUGGUCGUGGUGGCGUUACUUCUGCGACUACUUCCCUAUCACACUCGUCAAGACUGCCGAUCUGGAUCCAUCGAAGAACUAUCUCUUCGCGUGCUAUCCACACGGAAUCUUCUCUUCAGGAGCAUACGGUUCUUUCGCCACCAACGGCGCAAACUUCCCCAAACUAUUCCCUGGAAUGUCUGCCCAUCUCAUAGUUCUUGGUGGGCAUUUCCUAGUACCAUUUUUCAGAGACCUUAUAUUAGCUUUAGGAUUAUGCUCAUCUUCUCAAGAAAGUAUACUGUAUUUACUAGAUCCAAAGAGGUAUCAGGGUAACUGUGUAGCGAUAAUGGUGGGUGGAGCUGCUGAGGCCCUCGACUCGCACCCGGGGAAGUACAAAAUAAUCUUGAGUAGAAGGAAGGGGUUCAUCCGUGUCGCUAUGAAGUCUGGGGCAUCGUUGGUACCGGUAUUUUCGUUUGGCGAAACCGACGUGUUCCGUCCAAUCGACAACCCUGAGAACGGUAUCCUCAGGAGGAUACAGGAGAAGGUUCGAGUCUGGACGGGCAUAUCUCCCAUGUUUCCUCUGGGAAGGGGUGUCUUCCAGUAUUCCUUUGGAGUUGUGCCUAUAAGAACACCUGUAACCACUGUCGUUGGAGAACCUAUGGAAGUUAAAAAGAACUUAGAACCUACAAGCGAAGAGAUAGACGCGGUGCACGCGGAAUUUUCAAAACGUCUCACUGAAUUAUUUGAGAGGGAAAAGUCCAAAUAUCUUAAAAAUCAUGAAGGAAUACAUCUAGUCAUUACAUAAAACUAAUUCACAGAUCUAGAAAUAGCAUAGAUGUUUCUAGAACUACAUGUACAUUGUCAAAUUGUCGACCAUUUUGGAUUAGGGGCUCAAUUUUCGAUUGAUAGACGUUUACAGUAAAUGACUCUCAUUUUAACAAGUUCCCUUUAAAUAUUAUAUCAAAAUUAUAAAGUUAUGUGUUAAAAUUUAUCCGGUGUUAAAUAAAUCUGUCGUAAUAAUUAAUAUUUUUAACAUUAA